AUGUUCAACUUUGGCACCUUGCGCCUACACUUAACGGAGAUAGCAAAUGGAGGACGAGCAAUUGAUGCAAAGCCGGAACCAAGCAAGAAGAGCGUGCUCCGUUUUGUGCCCGUAGCUGGGCUGAAGUUACCCGAGCCGAACGGAGGAGAAGCCGACUUCCAAGCAGACCAUAUCACCUACAUGUUCAACCAUCAGAUGCCAUCGAUUGGAAUAUCGUCUUUUUUUGAUUCAGAACGUCGGAUCGCGCUCGUCGACUACACCUUUUCCGUGUUCACCUAUACGAAGCGCCCGCUCGAAGCCUACUUCUUGGCUAUUCACAUUUUGGACCACACGCUUAAGGCUCAAAGCAACAAAAUCAAGCGUCUGCCUGACGAGGAAAUCGCACCGAUCAUCAUUGCUGCUGUCGAAAUUGGAAGCAAGUGCGAAAUACUUUACGGGGUUGCUCAUCACUUUACGAAGACCUACGGAGCUGACAAGAUUCGCUUUUGGGAGCGGGAGCAUCUUCGUAUCUUCGAUUUCAACAUUUCCUACACUCAUGUUCUCCACUUUCUACGAAUCUAUCAGUGUAUGACUGGGAACCUGAUGAAGACUCACUUGGACGUUUGCUGGGCAACUAUCAAAGGGCUCGCCUGCAUUGCCGUAGCAAAGUCAUCUCUCGUCGACGUGUUGCCAUCUCUACUUGCCGCCGCAAUUAUGCGAAUCGUGCUGGAACUUUUUGCUCAACGUCGCCUGCUUGGCGUUGAACUUAAUUCGCAAAUCAUCAUGCAUCUUCAACACACCGAAAUGGAGCACAUACCCCCAGCCUUGGAUCUACUGAAUUGGCUUCUGACUCAACCAAAAGUAAAAUCGAUUACGAGUCACUUCAGCCAAUUGAAAGUCGGAUUCGCGAAAUUGGAGAUCGAAGCGAUCAUCAACAAAUUGAAGACAAGAGAGGAACUCCAUAUGGAAAUCAAU